AUGGCCUCUUCGAGCAGCCAGCACUCGUGCCAGAGGCACAGCAAAAAGACGACGGGAUGCAAUGCAUCAAGGGCCUGCAGGUGCAUUAGGGUGUUUUUUGGUCACCUUUUUUCCAACCUUGGAUUGUUUGCUAUUGUUGUGGGCUACGUACUUUUGGGCGCACUCAUGUUUGAGCAUUUGGAGGCUGAGUACGAGUUGGAGCAGAGGGGUAACAUCAAGAGAUACAGGGACGACUGCUUAAAAGAACUUUGGCAAAUAACAGAGAGGCUCAACGUCCUCUAUGAGAAAAAUUGGACGCAACUUGUGCACGAGCAACUACGCAGAUUUGAAACCAAUGUUGUGGCGGCAGCAAAACUGGAGGGUUAUGACGGAAAAGACCUUUUGGAUUCAGAAAGACAGUGGUCAUUCAGUGGUGCUCUUUUAUACUCGGUGACAGUAAUUACUACUAUAGGUUACGGUAACUUGGCACCAAAAACUCCAGCUGGAAAAAUUCUCACUAUGAUUUAUGCGGUGUUUGGCGUGCCUUUGAUGCUUCUCUGCCUUUCAAAUCUUGGGCAAUUAUUAGCCAACACAAUCCAAUUUGCUUACUCCCACGUCUGCUGCAACCGACGCAAAAGCCGCUCGUCAAAAAAGCAACAAAAUAGAAACUCUCGUCGGCAAACCAAGCAUCAGCUCCCAACUUCACCACUGCACCACCAGUUCGAUGGCUCUCAAAUAUGCACACACUUACCUGGAAUAUCCCUGACCACAACUAUUCCUCCACCAGAGCAAUUUAAGAAAAAGCCACCCCCUCCGCCACCACGGCUGACCCCUUUGAAGCCAAAGAUUAUGGCGCACGACGUACGCCAACUGCUAAUGGAAUGCGCCGAGUACUCAGUUGCACAAAGUGGCGAGCCAGGCGCGCAAAAGUUCUUACGAGACCUUCAGCAGCCGGAGACUCAGGAUCUUGGCACAGAAGAGGAAGACUUGGACCCUGCCCCUAGAUACCAUAACUCAUUUGAGCCGCAGCUGAACACUCCAUCGAAGCAGCCCCUUAUUCAAUGCUCUCCACCACUUUCACUUCCAUCGACAACCAUGUCCAGUUUGCAACACCACCCGUCCUGCUCGUUGGACCUUGCACCACCUUCUCCUUGUUCCACAACCUCAAAUAGGUCUUUGGAUGGAAAUGUUGGAAAGACGAGAGUGCCAGUCACUUUGGUUCUUGUCAUCCUCAGUGGCUAUAUCUGUUUAGGCGCGACAGUUUUCGCAGCCUGGGAGGACUGGUCGCUUUUGGACGGCGCUUAUUUUUGCUUCAUCACCCUCUCUACAAUCGGAUUUGGGGACUUGGUGCCUGGCAAGUCGUUUCAAAGGGCGGCUGAUCCGCAAGGGGGCCAGAUGCAGUUAGUGGUUUGCUGCGCGUAUUUACUGAUGGGCUUGGUUCUCAUCGCAACUGCCUUUUCACUUGUCCAGGAAGAGGUCAUUUUUAAGUGCAGAAAGGCGGCCAGAUGGAUUGGAAUAACAAGCAAAUGAAAAAAUGUUAAAAAAUUUAUUGUUUAUAAAAAGUGGCUGUUAAUUUAAACAAUUUUAUUAAUUAAGUGUGUUUUAGAAAAUGACAUUCUUAUAACACCAUUAAUACUGAUUGGAAAUGAGAAGAAAAAGAUUUAAAACAAUUUUUAGAAUAUUAAUUUAAUUAAAUUAGACAUACAAAAAAUAAAAUACUCUCUGUGAUUUCAACCUGCAUUAUAUAAUAAUAGAAGGAAAAGUGAAACAAUGCUAUUUAAAAUGGGCUUCAAAUAUUUAUUAUA